UCCAAUUUUACCCUCAAAGUGUCCAAAAUUAUGAACCUUUAUCCUAUUCUUUAAAAUCAGUGAUAAGGGACUUUAAAAAUAUAUAAAAAUAAAUAUUCUAACAUUUGAAGCUUUUACUUUUGAACAAAAUGUCGCAACAAGAAUUAUCAAUUUAAAAAUAACCUGAUGCUGUGUAGUCAUUAUACGGAAUUAGAGUAAAUUUAAUCAGAGGAAUAAUGUUUAUGCAAAUUUUUAGUAUCUUAUUUAAAUAUGGGUUUCAUAUAUUAGGGAGAGCAAAAUUACGGAGAAGCCAGAACAAAUUGAUACGUCUUGCAGGUUAUUAAAUCUAAUGAUAGAAAUAAAACUAAAAUUCAGUUUAAGGUAUGUACCUUAAAAUGCAAAAAUUUAUAAUAGUAGUUGAGAACAUACUCUCCGUAGAAGAUGUCUAAAGUUAAGAGUGGUAUAUCUUAGUUUCUGAUAGAGAUAAUUGCAUGAAUGAACUAUUGUUGGAAAGCUUGGCGCAUUAUCUAUCAAAAUCUAGUACACUUAGUUUGCUCAGAUGAAACCAGAAUCAUUUAUGUCGAAGAAGACACUUUUUGUAAUGCCAUUUUUAUCCCUUUAGGACUAGUAAGACACCGGUGUCCCAAACACAAAAACAUGUGGGACACCGGUGUCCUAUUCGUCCUUAAAUUAUAAAGUGAAUAUUAUACCGGACAGUUAAUUGUUCCCAAAGUUAUAGGGGUUUCAAAUCUUGAAAAUCCUUUAUACUCCGCAUGUAAAAUCUCAGUUUCAAAUCGCUCUCCUGUAAAGUUGACCAUUCGAGACUUAUUCGUUUUAUAUUCUGAGCUGCCGAUUUAUCCUGAAGACCGGAAGAGUUGACACAUGAAAUUAACGUGCAGACUCCCAAAACUACUUGUCCAUCCUGAACUAUUCCAAGACCUUUUCCACAACAUCUUUUUCUCAGAGACGAUGCUCUUUUCUUUCUAUGGAAAUUUUGCAACCCAGAAAUUGAAAAAGAACUAAAAGAGUUAUGAAGUUUGGGGAAGCAAAAGGUGUGGCCGAAAUAAUAAACAUCACCUCAUUAGAGAGACACUCACAAAAUGUCUUUUUUGACACGAAGAAUCUAAAGAACAAUUCCCUAUUAACAUGAACUAAAAGAAUCUUCAAUGAACACUAACCAAUUUUAAUUAAAAACCUCGAAGGAAAAAUAUUUGCACUUAACUACAAACUACUAGAGUGCCAGAAACACAAGCGAUUUGUCAUAUUUUUUGUAAGACUCUUUUCAUACCGAAGUUUCUAUAAAACAAUUUUAAUCUAAAUUAUACCCAAAAUUUAACAAUUUUAGUGUUGUUGCAUUCUAAAAAGAAUAAAUAUUUAAAAGAAGAAAAAAAUGAAAGACUUGGUUUCUCUAACAUAAAUUUGGUAAGAAACUUUUAGACGACAUUAUACUUAUUACCAAAUUUCGGCAUAGAUUUAUGCAAGUCUUAAGUUUUAAAUGUAAUAUUUUUAAUACAAAUUGAUUUUUUUGUUACUUCUUUUGUAAACUUCUAACUUUGGUGGCUUAUUUCGGCCACCUUCAUUCUCAUAGGUCCUUCUGGAAGCCUUCCAAAGUCUUUCACAUCAUCUCGUUUGUCGAAGCUAACGUUUGCUAAAGUUAAAAAUUUAUGGAAAUUUGAGGAACAAAAAAAGUGGCCGAAAUUGCAAGCUGGACGAAAUUUGGUACACUUACCCUAUAUGUAUAAAUUAAUACAAAAUUAAAACUAUCAAUAUUCACCUGUAAUUAAUUUUAUAUCAAACCGCAGUGUGAAUUUUAAGGAAUAUUUGUCUCAUAUUAUUUGUCAAUUUUUCGGAUCCAAAUAAGUGAUUCAAUUCUAAAAUUUCUUACCUCUUUCACGAAAAACUGAUUGGUAGUUAAAUGAAAUGCAAGAGCAUCUUAAAUGUGAUUUAAUGUAAGUUCUACUUGUAAUAACUUCAAUUUACUUUUAUUAUAGUCAUAGAUAUUCUGGAAAAUUUCUCUUGAAAUUUAGGGAUUAGCGUCACAAUGCAGUGUAUGUUUUUUUCUCUCUUCUGUGGUUAUAACACUUCCCUCUGGGGUUAAAGUUUUAAUACAAAGACUUAACUUGGCUUCUUUUAUAACGUGGAAACAGAAGGUUGAAGUAAUUAUGGCGGAAAUUUUUUGGAUAAUGACUUAUUUAAAUGAAACUACAGCUAUAUCAAUUUAGAUGGAAAAUUAUUCUGCAAAUUGCAAAAUCUACUAUAUAUAGAAGCUUUUAAGAAAAUUUAAGUGAUGGAAGUUCUUAUGUAAUUUAUCUUUUGAGAAAACGCUGCAAUGGUUUUAUUGCUAAAGAGAGAAUUUUCUUAUAUAGCCUGCUCUCAUUUUAGGUAUUACUUAGUGUUCUUUCAACUAUUGUAAUUACAUCUUUAAGCUUCUUAAUUUGAUAUGAAAAUAUCAGUUUGGGGAAACGAAUUGGAAACAGCAGUGGAAAGAUUUCUUAUUGCAAAGGAGAUUGUAAGACAACUUGAAUGCUUUUUAAGUCUCUUUUCUGAGUCUACUAUUUAUAUAUAUGUAUAUAGUGGGCUUUUUCAUAUAGCUUGACUUAUGUGUAUAGUAUUUUAAUGCCGUUGUAAUUUGUAUGUAUUCAGAGAUGUCUAUAUGUAGGUGCAAAAUAUAGCACCUCCGUUGCUUCAUUCAAGCCACAUGGAGCCCCAGUGCAAGUUUGAUUUUCAAAUAGUCUACAGCAAGUUUAGUGUGUUGUCGCUUUGGAUUAACCAUUUUCUGGGCCCCAUAAUUGUUAGAGAGGUUCCACUUCUAGCAAAGAAAAGAAGAAGAAAAAAAAUAUGUUGGCGGUCAGAGAUUUCACAAUUUCAAGUGUCUGUGAAGUGUAGAGAGACUCCAAAAAAAAAUUUGUGAGAUUUCUUGAAAAACUGCGCAAAUAUUUUAUUUAAAAAAAAAAACUACAAUUAUUGAUCUAAAGUGAAGCAAAUAGGCUAUUUCGUCUUAAAUUUAAUUUCUUCUUGACAAAGUGCAAAAUUAUCAGUAUAAUUGAAGUGUCAAGUGUUGAUUUUUUUCAACUUUAAACUCUGUGAAAUUGGAUAUGAGAAUGACAAUGCCUGAUUGUCAAUGUUAAAUGAAGAAGCUCAAAUCAUCUUGCGAUUGCGUCAUCAUAAAUGCGAGAACAAUGAUUAUCCAAUCAGGUUCUGUUCAACUCUCUAGGAAAUAGAUAUAAAAUUGGCCGGGGACCGGUGUUAAGAUCAAGCGAUCGUCGCCGUCCUCAGAGCAAUUCAUCGGGUGCCCCGCUGUCGCCGCGAGUGGUUUUAUCGCGGCUGGAGCCGAGAGAUUUUGAACGGCUGCGAUUAUCGUACAAAGUGACAAUAUUGGAUCAGAGGCGCACACGAAGCAGCCGUGGCAUGAACAUGGGACAAAAAAUAUCUGGUGGCGUGAAAUCAGUUAGUCGGGAUUCCCCCGCACCCUUCAAACCCAUUAUUCCGCGAGAAUUGGCCGCAGACUUUACGCGGCCGGCGCGACUCGAUGUGCUGCUGGAUAUGCCAGCGGCAGCCAGGGAGACCCAAGUAAAAUAUUCUUGGAAUUCUGAAGAUAGAUCACUGAAUAUAUUUGUGAAGGAGGAUGAUAAACUCACAUUUCACCGGCAUCCAGUGGCACAGAGUACAGACUGCAUAAGGGGCAAGGUGGGCUUCACCAAAGGGCUGCAUGUGUGGGAGGUGUUUUGGUCAACAAGACAAAGGGGUACCCAUGCGGUGGUGGGAGUAGCGACAGCAGAAGCCCCCCUGCAUUCAGUUGGGUAUCAGAGUUUGGUGGGAUCGACAGAUCAGAGUUGGGGCUGGGAUUUGGGCAGGAAUAAGUUGUAUCAUGACUCGAAAAACUGUGCUGGAGUCACAUAUCCGGCCAUCCUAAAGCCCGAUGAGGCCUUCCUUGUGCCAGACAAAUUCUUAGUGGCGCUCGAUAUGGACGAGGGCACACUUAGUUUUAUCGUGGAUGGCCAGUACCUGGGCGUGGCGUUUCGGGGGCUCAAGGGAAAGAAACUGUAUCCCAUUGUGUCAGCCGUUUGGGGCCACUGUGAAAUUACGAUGAAGUACAUCGGAGGUUUAGACCCUGAACCACUUCCACUUAUGGAUCUCUGUAGGAGAGUAAUACGCCAGAAAAUAGGACGACACAGACUUGAAGAACGUAUUCAGGAACUUCAGCUGCCAGAAUCAAUGAAAACCUAUCUUCUCUAUCGAGAUCGUAGAUAAUAAAUCUUCCACAGAAAAUAUUUAACAAAAGAAAA